AUGGAUGAUAGUAGUGCAUUGUUGUUGGACGAAGAGCUGAUGAAGAUCAAUAAGAGGUUCGAAAGUGGAGAGAUGAAAGCAUUCGGAUUGAAUCAACAAAAGAUAUUGAAGGAGCUGCAGGACAUUAGAAAGCAACAGGCACAACUCUCGAUGAAGCAAGUCUCGAUCGGUUCUGAACGUAUCAAGUUUCACGAUGUCGACAAUCUAGGAAAGGACGAUCUCGAUCAAAAUGUUUAUGAUACCGUACGUGAAAACGAUGAAGAUCUAUCAAAGCUGACAUCUUCAUUAAAUACCAUUUGUAAGAAUAUGUAUGUAUUAUCAUUAUCAUCAUCACAUCGUCAUCAAAAUACAAAUAUUUUUAUUACCAAAGCAAGCCAAUUAACUAACCUAACAAAAUUCACACAAAUUCAAAUCAUUCAUUCAUUCAGUGAAAAUGCAAAUAGGGUUGCUACUUCAACACAAGCGAAGGCAUCAUAA